AUGACCAAGACGCAGCUCCUCGAGGAAGCCGGGCGCUUGGGGGCGUUGGUCCAUCACACCUGGAGUGCGACGGAGAUCAAGGCUGUGAUAAUGGAAGCCCGGGAAGCCCAGAAGGAGAAGGACCCCACGGAGCGCAUGAAGAAGAUCUCGCACAUGACCCUGCCCGAGUUGCGCAUGAAGGCGACGGAGCUCAGCAUCGACUACAGCAACAGCACGACAAAAGGCAAUCUCCUACGCCUGAUAAGGGACAGCCUCAACACCCCAGAUCAAGAACUGAUGAAGUUCGGGAAAUUUCGGGGAUAUCAAUUCUGCGAAAUCCCGAAGAGCUAUGGCGAGUGGGUCCUCAGAGAGAUGGCCACAUCGGAGAGUCCCGACCCAGAGUUUGUGAGGUUCGGGCGGUGGUCCCGACAAAAGCAGAUGGCGAACGAGGACGACAAGAAGAUGGAGUCCGAGAUCGACCCCAAGGUCGCGGCCGAGACCAAGCUGGCAGUCCUGAAGGACAAGGGUGGCGACUAUGGGGAGGAUAAGAAUGAAGCCCUCACUGCAGGACCUCAUGGUGAAGAGCGAUUGUUGACCCGCAAGUUUGGCGGCCGUAAGUGCUGCCCAGAGCUGGGUCGCGACUGCUUCUUUACCGAGGAGGAGUUCGUGGAGGCCUACAAGAACCGGAAUGAAAUCUGCGAGAUUGACUUCGACGGUGGCGAUGAGGAGAGUAUCGAGGUCUUCGAGUGCAAAGAGUUCACGGCCGAAGACCGCAUCGCUUUCGCCUAUGACUCCGGCGACUUCUCCUUUGCCACCUGCAAAGAAAUCCUCGAUGAGAGCUGCGGCGACGCCUUGAAGAGCGAGGGCGAUCGCAAGCGAGUUGUCCAAGGAGCCUCUGGACAAGCGACUUUUGGCUUCUAUGUGCACGGAGGGGUGAGUGGCGUCACCAAAGCGGUGGUCAAUCAUACCGUCCUGGCACGUUACCUCAAUGGCUUCAUCAGAGCACACGUUGGAGACGGUGCGACCGGGGGAGCCAUCAGCGUCAUCAAGGGCGGCUCUGUGAAAGUUCACCACGACUACAACAACGCAGCCGGAUCGAGAAACUACUUCGCCUCUUUUGGACAGGAGGCGGGCGGAGAGCUGUGGGUGCACGACAGUAGCAUCAAAGAGGCCGACCUCCAGGACAACAAGAACGGCGAGAUCGUGUGGAAGCAGGCCGGAUCUGGAGACUGGCUUCCGGGAAGGCUGGUUGAUGCUCAGGAAAAGUUUGUCGAGUUUGAUCCGCUUGUCAAGCACCAGGUUCUGGAUUCAGAGGUUCCUCAAGAACUGUGGAUUCCCUCUUCCCACCAAGAAGAGAGGGAGCGGGAGUCUGGCCAAAUUACGAAUGUUGUGGGGAAGUUGAGCGUUUUGUUCACCACGCUGCUCGCGGCCGCCAACUCCUUUCUCGGUGAGUGCAUCCAGACCGAGGUUAUCAACGACCCCAUCGUCCUCCUCGAGAUUGGUGGGCUCGAUGCAACGCUGGACGCCACGGAGCUCAACAAGGCUGUCCUGGAGCCUCUUUCAUGGGAAGACUAUGGCGACUCCAGCAUCAAGGAGCGGGCGUUAUACCUGGUGAAAGCCGUGACUCCCAGGCAGCUUCACCUCCACCUCCGGCACGCCCCAGAGGAAGCCUACAGCGACCUCAAGGAGCUUGUUAGAGAACAACUUCAUGGAGGUGGAGCCGUGCUACUUCAAGGAGGAGAACCCCGACGCGUGGUCGAGGACGUCGACCACUAUGUGCGGUACAAGAACAACCACGAGGGAGAAGAGUGGACUGUCCUGGCGAGGCCUGGCGCCAAGAACCUGGAAACGCCUUGCAACCUCAACCCGCACCACGUCCUUGUGAUGAGCGAAGAGGAGGUAAAGAUUGAGGAGAAGCCGCUCAGAGUAGACGGCUCCGGCAUAACCUUCGACAAGGGCGUCCCCGGUGCCCAAGUUUGCGAGGCAACUAAAGAGCCACAGGUGGCGCGACCCACCACCUUGCCAAGGAUGCUGAGUUUUGGCGAGAUGGUGUGCGCGGACAUCCUGUACGCCCACGACUGCGAGGACAAGCGCCACACUUUUCUUUCACUGGUGGACGUUGGCACGACUUACCAUGUGGUUGUCAAGCUGCGCAACACCGGAGGAAAGGAAAUUGAGCAGGCCUUCAACACCUACUGGCUCGCUCCCUUCGGCGCGCCGAACGCCAUCUCUCUGGAUCUCGAGACAGGCUUGCAAGACGGCUUUUCGAGGUUGUGCAGCUGGCACAAUGUGAAAAUUCGCAACUCAGCGACACAAGCUCACUUCCAAUCGGGGGUGGGCGAACGACAAGGCAAGUGGUUCAAGAAUAUAUGGAUCCGCGUGUGCCGGGAGCUCUCGAUCACGGCUGAUGAGGCGCAGCUGGCUGCUACUUCGGUGUGCUGCGCGAAAAACAGCUUGAGGAGGCGCUGUGGCCACUCCCCGUCUGCGUGGAUAUUUGGUCGUGAAGCCCGUGGAGUAGAGCAAGUCCUUGAUCCCGAUAGUGGGGGAAGAGUCACCUUUGACAUCUCCGACGAUGCCAGGUUUCAGAGGCAGAUGGCUAUACGAGCGAGCGCUCGUAUAGCUUUUCAUAAAUCAGAAAAUGAUGGCAAACUGCGUAAAGCUCUCCUCCAGCGAGCUCGUGCAACCACGCGUCCCUUUGAGAACGGCGAGCAAGUGCAUUAUUGGAAUCUGCCAAAAAACAGGCGGCAGGGACGAUGGGAGGGGCCAGCCAUCGUGGUGGGCCGCGAAGGAAACAACUACUGGGUCUCCCGAGGAGGCCGCUGCAGACUGACUGCGCCAGAACAUCUCCAUCUCCGCCCAUCCGGACCUGACGAAACUGGCGAAUUCCUCGCGAUGGGUCAGGUGAAGAGGGAGCUGGACCAGCUCCUUAAUCAAGACUUCGACAAGAACGACACCUACGCCAGCGACGAUGAGGAGGGCAAUGACGUCGAGGACGACAUUGGCACCCUCUACUCCCCUUCAGAAAACCACGAAGACGGCGCCGAGGUCGAGGACAUCGAGGAAGACGGCCGCAGUGGACAAGACAACGAGCCCUGCGCAGUCGACGACGAGGGGGACGAAAUCCUGGAGCUCCUGCCCGACCAGGAUGAUGAGACAGGUCGAGACCGAGAGCCGACCAAGCGAGGUUGGCCCACGUCGCGCAUGAAGCACAAGACACCGCCUGAGGACGUGGAGUGGAAGGAGAACGACACCUUCAUGGCCUAUAGUGCGAUGCUCAUGAGGAAGCACCUCACCAAGAGAGGCCUGGAGAAGAGGCAAGAGAAGGAGCUGCGAUGGGACGAGAUACCGGAGCAGUUCCAGCAGAAGUUUAGGGAUGCAGAGUGCAAGCAAUGGAGCGAGCAUUUGCACUACGACGCCCUCGAGCCUCUUAACGAUGCAGAGACAGAGUACGUGAAGAAGCAUGUGGCUGGAGAGCGCGUGUUGCGCUCUCGAUGGGCUUAUAAAGAUAAAAACUGGUCGAGAAGGAGACUGGAAGGGCAAGCCGAGUGGCGCUGCAAGUCCAGAUUAGUCAUAGCCG